CAAAAAAACUUCAUGAUAUUUGACAAUGACAUAUUUUGGUUAUUGGAAUAUUUAUUACCCAUUUUAUUAAAUUUAAGCAGUUCUAAUUCAUCCAGAAGCGUAUUUUGUUUUACUGUUAAAAUAAGACAAAACAGUCUAAUUAAACAUCAAAAUGAAUAUCGUUAAGAAUCUUUGGAGAACCGCACCAGCCAUUCGAAGCAGUUUCGGCAUCAGUCACAACAUUCAGAAUGUCAUUCGCCCCCUCUCGACUACAAUAACCCCAAUAACCAACAUAACAGAACAUGCGCCUCCAUUAGAACUAGAUAAAUUAUAUAAAAGGGUGGAACUAGAAAUGAGAGGUAUCGACCCAGCCGUACUUCUGAGUUAUUCAUGGUUUUGUAUUGCGGCUGCAUCUCAUUUAGGUAUCGAAGUGACCAAGAAUUGGGCCCUGAGGAAAGCUGAGAAAGAAAGACAUACGCUUCUAAGGUGUGUUCACAUAUACAAAAAGCAUAAAGUACAGUAUGAAAUCAGAACAUACUUUAGAUUUAUACAUUUACAACGGCUUACGGGUUCCACAUGUGACACUUAUUUGGAAUAUAUAGAAAGGAACCUUCCGGAAGGUUGUGCUCUUAAAGUUACCAAGGUUGAAUGUCAGAAACUACCAGACCAUAUUGUACCACCAACUGAAUAAUUCAUGCACUUGAAAAA